AUGUGGCUGGACCGCUUCACCGCUCCUUCCACUGCCACUCCAACAGGCUCACUAACUCCUUCUCGUCCUUAUUCUCCCGCUCCACCACGCAAGAACUCCAGUCUCGCUCCGCCGCAACGACCUGGGCUGGGCUUGUCCGGUCCCGCUAGAUCCUCAUCUUCGUCCUUGGAUUUGAGUGCCAACACCUCCACUACAUCUCUUGUUCAACACCCUAGAAUCACCAAUGGCUCAUCUCUUCGGUUCGAACAGCGGCCCCCUGCAGACGUUGAAGAUCCAUUGAGGGUGUUAAGACAAAUCCUUGGUCAGACAGGACCUGGCUCAGAUGGGAGCAAUGUCAAGCAUGAGAAGCCCCGGCCGGAAGAUAUUGACUUUGGAGGACUCAGCCUCGAAGACUUUCUCCUACAGGAGCCGCCUCAGCAACCAAAGCCAGUCAGUAAGCUGUCUGAAGCCUCCUCAAAGGAAAAUAGGCAGAAAUACCAAGAGUUCCACAAUUCGAUAGCUGAAUGCGAUCAAGUUCUGAAUUCCGUUGAGGGCUAUCUUACAAACUUCAAAGCUGAACUCGGUCAAGUCUCCGCUGAGAUUGAGAAUCUCCAAGCUCGCUCCGUCAACCUUAACGCUAAACUUGAUAACCGUCGAAAAGUCGAGAAGCUGUUGGGACCAGCUGUCGAAGGCGUGAGCCUCUCCCCAUAUACAGUGAGGUCAAUAAGCGAAGGCCCCAUCGACGAAAAUUUUAUUAAGGCGCUCAAUGAAGUCGAGGCCCGUUCCGCCCUCAUUGAGGUCAAAGAGAAGGAGGCCGAAAACGUCAAGGCUUUACAAGAUCUGAAGCCUUUACUAGAUGAUCUGAAUGCUAAAGCCAUCGAAAGAAUUAGAGACUACAUUGUGGCCCAAAUAAAAGCCCUCAGGUCUCCCAAUAUCAAUGCUCAAGUGAUCCAACAGCAAUCCUUCUUGAAAUAUAAAGACUUGUAUUCAUUUUUAGCUCGAAACCACUCUGUGCUGGCCGACGAAAUAGGUCAAGCGUACAUCAAUACCAUGAAAUGGUACUACAAUAUCCACUUCAGUCGUUACGAACACGCCCUCUCAUCGCUGCACUUGCACAUCUUCGACCAGUAUGACCUCCUCGGAUCCGAUCCUGCUCCUGCACGAAGAAACGUGCUGGGUGCCUCCAAACCCAGUGCUCCACAACAUGAUGCGUUCAGUUUAGGACGCCGUGAAGAAGUCCUCAAGUCAAAAAACGACUCUGCAUUGCCCUCAUACCUCGCGGAGGACAGCAAAACAGCACACUACAUGGAGACACCCUUUCGCAACUUCAACCGCGCUUUGGUGGACAAUGUAUGCGCAGAAUACUCCGUGUGCACGGAACUGUUCUCCACCUGCAGUUACCACCAAGUUGCCCGGCGCGUGACCGAGAUCUUCGAGCCCACCUUCACAAUGGGCCACGGCCUGACCAAGCAGCUGGUAGAAAACUCCAACGACUGCCAAGGUGUCCUACUCUGCGUCCGCCUCAACCAACAUUUCGCAUUUGAACUCCAGCGCCGAAAAGUCCCCGUCGCCGACUCAUACAUCAACUACACCAACAUCCUCCUAUGGCCUCGCUUCCAAAUGGUGAUGGACGCGCACUGUGAGUCUUUGAAGAGAUUCCCCGUCAGCAUCUCCCGCGGCUCUGCCGCCGCUGCAUUCUCCCUGGUCGGGGUCGGUGGUGGCUCCAGCGAAGCCUCAAAAACAUCCGUGGCACCGCACACCAUCACACAGCGCUUUGGGCAAUUCCUGCACAGCAUCCUGACGCUCAGUGCGGAUGCAGGUGACGAUGAGCCUAUCUCAAAGAGCCUGGGCCGCCUGCGCACCGAGUACGAAACUCUCCUGGGCAAAUUGGCCAAAGGUGCCGGGGCCGAUGCGGCUAAGCGCUCGAAGUUCCUGUACAAUAACUACAGCCUGGUCUUGACCAUUGUCAGCGACACGAAGGGCAAGCUGGCUGAUGACCAAAAGGACCAUUUCGGUGAUCUGGUUCGCGACUUGAAAGCACGGUAG